AAGUUUUAAAUCAAUAGGAACAAUUAAUAAAUUGUCUUAGUGCUUUUUAUCCAAAGGAGAUCAUCUUGUCUGAUUGUUGUGUUUUUUGCUUGUGGGGCUUUAAUUUGAUUGUUUGAUUGUUCAAUUGUCUCUUGUGAUGAGUAAAUCAAAUUGUCGACAAAAUCGGUUGAUUAAAUCAUCACAAUUAACGAUUCCAAUUGAAACGGGUAAAAAUGCUGCUCGUGAGCGAUCAAGAGUCCGAUCAUUGAGAUUAGCAUUCCAACAAUUACAACAAUCAAUUCCAACGAUUCCAGCGGACACUAAAUUGUCAAAAUUAGAUGUUCUUAUAUUAGCCACUGAUUAUAUUUCCCAUUUAACUAAUUUACUCAAUGAAAAUGAAUCAACCCAAUCAACACCAAUAGAAAAUUCAACCAAUUUGAUUGAAGUUAAAGAGACAAUGAAUGAAAAGAUUUUACAUCCAAUUAAGAAAUGGCCAAUGAGAUCUAGAUUAUAUGCUAAGCCUGAAAGUAACAAUUUAACAACUACAAUCAAUAAAACGUCAACGUUAAUACCUCAGGCAACAUGUUCAACAAUUAACGAUUACAUUGAUUGUUCAAGUGAUUAUAAUUGUUACCUUUUUGAUAAAAUUGAUCCAUUUAAAUGUGAUGAUUGGAACGGAAUUGAUUUGAAUAUGUUUUAUGAAGAUUUUAAUUCAUUAACAUCUUUCCCUAAUUUCCAAUAAACAUUUGAUUCAAUAUUUCAUUACAUACAUUCAGUUGAUACAAU